CCGUCCGGAGGUUGUCAAAGUACCUCCGCGGACCCCCUGGGGAUCGCGGACCCCCUGUUGAAGACCUAUGGUUUAUGGUAUUGUGGAAUCAUUAAAGGUAUCAUUUUGAGUUUAGAUUCUUCAUGUUUUGCCUCUGCUUAGUGCUGUUUAUAUCUACUGCCCUCUGCUGCACAGUCUGGAUUUCAGUGUCGUGCAGAAACCUGGUGUGUUCUUUAGGAUUAUUGGAAAUGCCUUUCUAAGGUUGGGAAAUCUGUUUGGACUUAAAGAAAAACAGUGUGAACUGUCGGAUUCACAUAAAUAAAGCAAACCAGCACACACUGUUGUGUUUAUGCAGAACACACACAGUCAUCAGUAUUGUUGUGGAGCGUCAUUGUUUGUGUUGUAUUGUGUUGUGAUGUUCUGUUCUGUUCAUGUUUGUGUGAUUUUAACCGUUUUUUGUUCAUUUGAUUGGUGUAAGCAUGUUGUCAGAAGAAAGUCAAUAAAUGGAUGCAUCAUAAUCUUCCACUUGUAUCAACCACUCUGUCACCUGCCUGUCCACAUGGAUGGAUUACUGAAUGGGUUUACCAAGUAGGGACCCGAAGGGAGGGGCCCUAACUGAAAAAAGAGUGUAAAACACCACACACAAUGUAAAAACGCCCCAAAAACCUGCAAAACAAUCAGAGAGAUGCAAAUCAAUCCCAGAUAUGCAGAAUUACUCAAAUGAAGUGUGGAGUGAAAAGAGUGAAAGUCAACUCUCAGCAGUAGAUUGUAUGUGUUGUUUCUAUGCAGACAGGGCGGGCGGCCUCUUAUAUGCUGGUGCCCGCGCCCCCCCCACUCAUAAUCCAUCCAUGCCUGUGGAAUAUUGUAAUGUAUUAUCUUCACUUGUCAUCUGUUUCUUGGACUAAUAUCAUGCCUUCCGUUGGCACACACUCGGCACACAAUCCCUCUCUCUCUCUCUCUGUCUCUCCUGAUCCCCUUUUCCUGAACACUUGGUGACUUUCAUCGCCGCUCCGACCAUCCCCGACAGUAGUGGAAGGAAUGGUAGGACUAUCUGGACAAAGAUAUCCCACUUGUACUGUAUUGUGUUGACCGCUGUAGUUUCCAUCCAUCUCAUGCUGCCCUGCCAUAGAUGUACAGUGGUAUGAACUCCAUAGUCUCUCAUUAAUCAAGGUUUGCUCAUUCACUUGUUUACUAAUCCUUUUAAGUUCGCAUUGUUCCAUUUACCUCACAAUCAUCAGUACAGAAUAUUUAGCUUGUAGUGUUUGUAAAUAAUUAGAUUCUGUGUGUUAAAAUGCACGCGUGCGGCUUCAGAGAAUGAGCAGUGAAGCCACAUCGCAGUGGGUUUCACUUUGUCCCCGUCUCGUCCCAACGAUGUCGCUGUCUCCACUUGACUAAAUCAGUAGGACCCUUCACUCUCAAAGUGAAGAUGAUGAUGAUGAUGAUGAUGGAAGAAUGCCUGUCAGAGCCUGGCCCAGCCAGUCCAGCCUGCCCUAUUCAGAUUACAGCCAGUCAGACCAGUGCGGUGGUCAACGACCGCCUUCAGGAGCUGGUCCGCAUGUUUAAGGAGAGAACAGAGAAGGUGAAGGAGAAACUCAUUGACCCCGACAGCUCAGACGAAGACAGCAUCAUCCCCUACCUAAUGUACGUGCUGUGGAUGCUUUUGGUUUCUCUGGCGUGGAACUGGAACGCGUGGUUCAUCCCGGUGCGCUGCUCUUUCCCCUACCAAACCCCAGACAACAUUUACUACUGGCUGCUGACCGACUACCUGUGCGACCUCAUUUACAUCCUGGACAUCACCGUCUUCCAGCCGCGCCUACAGUUUGUUCGCGGAGGUGACAUAGUGUAUGAGAAAAAAGACAUGAGAAAGAAUUGCAUGACAACCAGGCGAUUCAAAUUUGAUGUUGCCAGUCUUGUUCCCCUGGAGCUCUUCUAUUUUAUAACUGGCAUCAACCCUCUCCUUCGCUUGCCCAGGCUGCUCAAGAUCAACUCCUCCUUUGAGUUCAAUGAGCGUUUAGAGGCCAUCUUGACCAAAGCCUACAUCUACAGAGUGAUCUGCACCACCACCUAUCUCCUUUACUGUCUCCACUGUAAUGCCUGUCUCUACUACUGGAGCUUUGCCUUCACAGUAAUAGGCUCCACCAUAUGGGUGUACAAUGGCAAAGGCAACAGUUACAUUCGCUGUUACUACUUUGCGAUGAAGACCCUGAUCACCAUCGGUGGUCUGCCGGACCCCACCACCCUGUUUGAGAUCAUCUUCCAACUCAUCAACUACUUUGUUGGAGUCUUUGCCCUAUCAUGAUUGGACAGUUUGCUUGCGGUAGGCGGCGGUAACAGGCGAACAGCAAAUGUAAUCGCACACGGAUUUGCCAACCUCUUCAUCCUCGACAAGAAAGACCUGAAUGAGAUCCUGGUCCACUACCCCCAGUCCAAGAAACUGCUCCGCAAGAAGGCCAGGAAGAUGCUCAACAAGGGAAAGAAACCUGAACCCAAAGAAGAGGCGAACCCCGCUCACGUCGGCAGCCCCUCUCAGACCAGAAACUCCCAAACUGCUGAGAGCAGCCUUGGAGAUGGCAGAGAAAUCCUCUGGACUGAAAGGAGCUCUGUCUAAAUUCAAAGAGAAGUACAGCAAGUCCAGCGUCUCCCUACAGCCCUCCCUCUCCUCCUCCCUGCCUCCUCCGUCCCCCACCUUCAGUUCCGGAUCCGACCGAGACGUGGACUCGCCAUCGGCCGUCUCCACCUGAUCUGCAGUGCUCCCCGCCUCCCAUCGCCCCGACAACGGCAACUCCGCUGUGCCUCCCUCUGCAUCCAGGGGCCGCGGUGACGCAGACCAGGAGCGUGAUGUGGACCGAAGAGAGGCGGGCGUCGGCGAGGUCGAAGGGAGCGAGGGUGGAAAGAGGAAAGAAAAGAAGUUGUGAUAGUUCAUUAGAGGAUAAGGACAAAAGAUCUUUAAGGAGAAGGGAAAUCGGAGGGAUCACUGGGAAAUGAAGAAAUGCUCUUUUUGAAAGGAAUGUGGAAGAAUAAACUACGGAAGGGAAGGCCGGCUAUAAAGUGGCAGAAUUUUGGAGCGCAGAAGUGACGAGGUGUUACUGAUGAACACGUACAAAACUGCUAUACCUGAUCUGCAAGUGGGCGUUUUGUAGGACAGCAUCAUUGCAAAAAUAUAAAGGCAGUACUGUAAUCCACACUGACCGAUGUCCACUAACCAAAUAUCACUACCAUGACAUUAGCUGUUGUAGGAUGAGCUGAGUUAACCAUUAGACUAAAUAUAGUUAAAAAGCAAGAUAAAAGCAAGCCAUUCAACUCUCCACUAUUCAACCACAUCAUCAUCUACACCGAGGUGGCAAUGUCAGGCCAUAACUGUGAACUUGGACGAGUCCUUUCAACGGAACCGAACUUCUUAUCUUUCCAAAUCACACCAAAAGGUUUUUGCUGUUGUUGUCUGCUGACUGUAGGUUUCUUUUGUAACUUGAAUUAACAAUUUGCCUUACACGUUGUGUAAUUUAGGGUGUGAGUAGUUUGCAGUGCUGAUGUAUUUAAAAGUGGUUCUGAAGAACAACACCAACCUAGAAAACCUGUUUUUAAUGUUAAUGUUUAAUGUAAUAAAAUGAUCUUCUGUACUCCAUCAUGAGAAAUGUUACCAAAAAUGUUGACAUUGUCAGGUCAUUGUAACGUCAUCCUAGAUUAUUCUGCAUGGAUUUCCAGGCUCUCUUUGGCAAUGAUAGCUUUAUGAAUUGCGAGUUAAAACAUCACCUUUUUAACUGAUUUAACAUGCUAAUCUAAGCAGUAUAUAUUAUAUACAUAUUAAUAAUCAAUCAUGUAAAUAUAUAGCCAUCAACACAUGUAAUAGUAUUGAUUUACAUAUUUUAUAACUAAAGUCAACAUUUUAAUUUUCAUGUUUUCUUAUGUACAGUAAUGUAAAUACAUUUAUAUUUUGAAAGUUAGAUGAAUUUCACUCUCCUGUUCUUGUAAGAUCACUUUCCUGCUUGUAGUGCUGUGACAUGUACAUACUGUACAUUCUAAUAGUGCUUAAUAUAUAACGUGUGCUGUAAAAUGUUAUAGUUAUAUGUUAUAAUGUUACAGACACAGCAUGAUGUUUUUCUAUAGAUGGUUUUAUCGAUACAGCCUCUGAAAAAGGGCUAGCCACACUGCCAGACCAUCUAUAGAGAAGAUUUGCAAUGUUUUUCUCCUUUAUGGUUAUAUGUUUGUGUGUGUGUUUGUGUGUCUGUGUAUAUGUGUUAGUGUGUGGUGAGAGGGGAGGGAUUUUAGCAUAAUGAACACAAUGAAUGUGUAUGUAAUAUAGGGCCCUUAAAACUUGUGAGUGAAUAAAUUAUCUGUAUCAGCAUAA